AUGGCGGAGUUCCCGCCACUGGCUUCAGUGCCCUCCCCCGCAGUGCGGAGGACAAUCCCAUCAGAUGAUUGGGAAGCUUGUCUAGAUGCAUGGAUGGCCCUUUUGAGGAUCCGCUUGAAUGCGUCAGAUAAACAGUUCAAGAUCGCCGCACCCGAGGAUGCAUCAAUAUCUCCAUUCCUGGGAUCUUAUUAUCAAAACACGGCUGCGGGAGAUUCUAGUCUACAAAGUGGACCUAAAGCUCGACAACUUCGUAAGCUCUGCUUCCUGGCGACAAGAAGAUAUAUACUGGAUCUCUCUCACCCACCAGAGGGAAUUCUGGACUGGAGACUUCUCGGCAACCUAUCUUGCUGUUACCCUUCUAGCGCGGCCUUGAAGACAUCAUUAUCAAGUGCCUGGGAUAUACACAGUGACAAAAUCACUUCCAGUAUCGAGAGAGCAAAAGCUGUUGUGAUCAAAAAUCUCUCUUCAGCCAACUCAUCCUCAAAUCCCGAAGUCAUUUCUGACAUCCGCCGUCUGACCAUCCUUGCUUCAGUGCUGCCAGCGUGUGGCCAGGACCUCAUGGCGGGCUCCGACUUCCUCGAUACGAUAGCGGAAGCGUAUCAGUCAAAAGGCGCACGAGAGGAAUUCCGUAAAAUCCUCGUUGCUAAUAUCUACGUCGGACUGGUCUCCUUAUUGAAGGAGCCUGUCAAUUUGUCUUCGUUAUUGGAUCAGCUGUUCAGCCUCAAAGCCACUGCUCGAGUGGGAGCACCAAAAAUGAAGAAGGAGCCAACUCUACUAUCUGAUCUCAUCUGCAGCUCGGACUUGCUUAUUCGGCUGGAGAAGUAUCUGAGCAUUCACCCCCAGAAACGAGGGCAAGACCUCCUUACCAGCUUGCGCACCUAUCAAGUGGAAUCGAAGUCGCUGCACCACCGGUAUCAAAAGCGCAAGAAAGCGGACAAGGGAAAAGCUGUUUCCUCAGAUCCGAUUGUUUCAGGAGAACUUCACGCGCACAAGAUGUCACUAGUAACUCAAGUACAAGACCUCUUCCCCGAUCUUGGCUCAGGCUUUGUUGUACGGCUACUGGACUUCUAUAACGAUAACCCCGAGACUAUCGUCGCCCAUCUUCUCGACGACUCACUUCCUAUGGAGCUCCAGUCUCUAGAUCGAUCUGAGCAAUUGCCUCCACCAGCAGAACCUCACCACAGCCAUCUCCCACCACAGCCAACGCCACCCGCCAUGCCAUCACCUAAAUUUGCCCCACUCCCAAUCCGUAAGAACAUCUUCGACGAAGAUGUGGACAUUGCCGAACUAAGCCGCUCCGGCGAAACGAAAGGCAAACUACACUUCGGCCGUGCCGACGCUGACCAAACAGCCGACACACUCCUCUCAGACCACAGCAAACAUGCCGUAAACAAAGCGGCAAUCCUCUCAGCCCUAGCAACCUUCGACUCAGACGACGACGAGCGUGAUGACACCUACGACACAGCCGAUGUAGGCGGUGCCAUCGACGGCGCCACAGGUGGCGCAGAUGGCGAAGCCGAAGCAGCUCAGCGUGAACGCCGGGCAGCCGAUAUGGAAACAGUGCUCUUCCAAACAUACAAGUCCAAUCCAGGAAUCUUUGCCCGCGAUUCAGCGACCCGCCGCUCUCAGCCGCGCGCGUCCCUGAAGCGCGAGACUGAAAUGACCGACGAGGCUAUUGAGGGCUGGGCUGUCAUGCUAUCGCGUGAUCCCAGGCGUCUCGCUAAACUUGAAGCCCGGUUGGCUAUGGACGCUGGUGGGUCGGCUGGUGCUGGGUCACUUAAUCAGCCCGAGUUGCGCCCUACGUCUUACAGGAGGCCGCAGCCUCGUGAAGAUGGUGAUGAUGCUUCUGACGAGGGCGAGUCAUCUGGUCAUGCUCGCUCGCGGGGUGGUAGAGGAGGCGGUGGACGUGGUGGAAGAGGGCGAGGUGGCGGCGGUCGAGGCCGCGGAGGUCGUGGUGGUGGUCCUCCAUCCGGUGGCCAGGGGCAGCAAGAUACUGCCGCGUCGAGACAGAGAAAAGAAGAGAACAAAAGUAGUCAGGCAAAUCAUAACCGUCGACAGCAGCGCGCGAAGAAGAUGGCGCGUGGCGGUGGGUUCCCUGGCUAA